UUUGGAGUCUGGAGGAAGCAGCUCAUUCCCCUCCGUCUCCUCCAGACAGCCUCAGGACUACAGAGCAGCUCUCAGUGUUGAACUGCAGCACUUCAGCCCACAGCACAGCUCAGUGAUGGCCCCUCUCAUGCAGCUGUUCCUAGGCUCGCCUCAGCUGGGAUCCAUAUAGAACUCUGACGAUAUUCCACGCACACGCACUUAGGACACCACAACACACUCCCGCUCAGCCAUGUACAGUGUGGAGGACCUUCUCAUCUCUCAUGGAUACAAAGUCAGCAGCAGCAACAACAACGUUCCCCCUUCACACUCGCCCUCGUCCCACCACACCACCUAUGAUCAGCGGCCGCCGACGCGCAGCAAUAGCCGGUGUGAAAUCGGCGAGAAGCGGACGGGACACGGCACGGUGAAUGGCUACAAGGCAGACUGUGUUUAUGGUGGCGGCGGUGUCAGGCAGACGGCGUCUAGGGGCGGCCCCAGUGACACAGAGAGCAGGGACAGGAAGCAGAGGACAGAGGAAGAGGACAACGGUAACCUAGGAGAUGGACAGUCACCAGGAGACAGCCUGACCACAGACAGUGGAUUCCAUGAGAGCCACAGGGGAAUGUACUCUCAGCCCAGGCCAGAGCGGGAUGUGUCCUACUGGCGUAGACGGGGUCAAGACUUUAAUGCACUUCUGGACUAUGCUGAUUUUAGGGAGCCGCAUGGAAAGGAAUCAGGGAUUUCUGUUAAGGCAGAGGGCAUGCAGCGAAGGCCAGAGUCAGCCUUAAGCACAGAGGAGCAUCGCCGUGAGAGGCAGCGCAGGGCGGACAGUGCACGUGCCAGAGAGCGUGAACUGGCCCUGUACCAGUGGAGAAUAGCAGCAGAAAGGAAGUACCAGAGCCUGGGAACAGAAGAGUGGCGCCCAGCUGUGGGAAUGGGCCGACAAACCUCCGAGAAUGAAGGUGAGAGAUGGGCACAAGAGCAGCAGCGGCGGCCUCGAACAGCAGAGGGUGCUGUUCCACCAAGGCCCAAAGCCAAAUCCCAGUCACUGCCCAGAAUGGCUAUGCCCUCAGACAGUGUCCAGUUCUUAAGCACAUCAUCCCCUGGUCAAGAUCCAUAUGGGAGCUACCGAAUAAACGGGCAUCAGAUACGGGAGUCACAUGGACGUAAUCUCAGUGAAGGGGAAAGCAGGGAGCGGUGGACUGACAACGUGCGGUCAGGCGUGCAGUCUGCACCCCCUUCAAAACCCCGUUUUAGCCGACCUCUUAGACCUCCAUCGUAUGAGGUUCACCAGCAGAUGCGUGGAAGUUCAGAAAUGCUCUCUGGAGAAUAUAUGCCCCAUGCCAGAGACAGGACUCCACUGCCUUUUACCAGACAGGAGUACUUUGCACAGGAACCUGGAGGGUCUGGCAUGGAGCCUCCAGGUUACAUCCCUCCACCAUCCUACAGGAGACAGCCUCCAGUCAGGGGAGGGCACAGGACUUAUGCAAAUUCAAUGGGAAACUACCAGUACAGGGGUGACCCAUAUAUGCAGGGACCGGCCAUGGCAGAAGUCCAAGAGUGGUUCAUGAGACAGACUGGCAUGUCUUGGCCAGAUCAUCACAGGGAUGGGAGAAGGAGUAUGCCCUGCAGAAGACAAGCCUACCCAGCUUAUAGUGAGGAGAGGAUGGGAAAUGUUCAGUACAUACCCUUUGAUGAUCCACGUGUCAGGCAUAUCUCAGGAGAGGGGAUAGAUGGGAAUUCAUUGACAGACGCUGACAAAAUCAGGAAUAUUAGAAAAGAGAUUCCUAUCGUCUCUUUAUCUGAGAAAGCUCCUGAUGACAGUGCCUUUCCGCUCACAGAAAAAACAUACAGCAGCACAGAAGCAAGUAAAAACAAUAUCAGUGACUGCAUUAAUGAAGCAGCCAUGCGUAAGGAUGUUUCAAAGGACUUAAAAUCAGUAUCUGAUGAAAAUUCCAACAGGUAUCCAUCUGGCCAUGACUAUUCUGACCCCUUCCAAACGACACCAUCACAGCAAAGCUGUGAGACGAUAACCCAAGUAAAAAAAUUUGAGGCACAAACUGCAGCUGAGAAUAAGAAAAACAAGAAGAAACUGAAAGAGACCAUGUUUUGCCUAGUGUCGGUUCCAAUAAACGUGAUGGCAAGCAAGGGAACCGCUGAUCCAAAUAACAAUGAAAAAGUGCCAAGCCCAGUGGUGACACCCUCAGAGAACACAGUGACUCAGCCUCAUAGCCAAGACUGCUCCACAAUCUCCAUCAGCAAUGAACCACAUAUACAGCCCAGCAGCGCCUCAGCAAUCAAGAACUCUAAAAGAGCUCCACUUAAGAAAGAGAUUGUAGAUGUUUGGUCUCUUCAAGCAAGUGCUGACAAAGAAUUGUGCUAUGCGGGGUCCUGGCCAGGAGAUCAAUACAAGAACCAAGAGACUCAGACAGGCUCUCCUGAAGUUUCCAGAGGUGUUCAUUCUCCAAGCUCUCAUACCCAGACCACAUAUGACCCUCCAUCCUCUGACACCACUACAGACAGUGGAGUGGGCACAGAGUGCAAUGCCACUUUUGGGUAUCCCAUGAAAGGCCAAAAGAAUCUUAACCUUUCCAGCAACAGUGCAUUUUCCCGAACAAGGGCAGGUAGCAGCUCCAGUGCAAAGAGUCCAGCUCAGCUCCUAACAUCUCCGACACCACCAUCUCCUGAUCGCCAGCCUCCAAUGAGGAAGAGCUCAUCUAAAGCCCGAGCGCCAGGUGGCCAAGAGAUUUUUGGCCAGUUCCUUUUAAAACCUGUCAACAGGCGCCCCUGGGAUGCUAUUGGGGAGCUUGAGUCUUUUAACAAGGAGCUUCAAGAUCAGAACAGCAAAAAACAACCAAGCAUUGACCAGACUUUAGAGGAUCUGGAUGAGGCAUUACAAAACAUUCUAGAGGUGACCAACACAUGCACAGAGGUUAUGCAACCUCUGAAAACACCACAAAACAUGAAGAGAGACCUGCCACAUAAGGAACAAAGUCCAGAGCAGCUUUUGAAGAAAAACAACUUAAACAUCAGGUCAGAUUUAGAGAGCAGGGGCAAAACAGAAGUGGAUCGAGAAUACAGGGAAGUGAGAAGUGCUUUCUCUAGGCCAAAGGAAAGGAUAGCAAAUUCUGACAUAGCACAAAGACAAGACAUGCCUGUACAAAAUGACACUAGUUUCGUAAGCUAUGAGGUCUUGCAGAGAAUACAAGGUGAGCCCAGGGGACAAAGGCUAGAUAUUCCUGUGCCAAAGGAGUCCUUACUGAAGGAUGUGGGGCUGACAGUGUACACAGCGAUCCCAGACACGGUGACAUCGGGAUCACCUGCAGGUUUAAGCCCUGACUCCCCGAUGCUUACAAGUCCCUCUGACAACUCAGAAACAUGUGAGGCCUUACACAUCACGUCAUCAGAUAGUGGAGGGGAUAGAAGCAGAAACAGUCCAGAAUUCAUUGUGGAUCAAAGUUCAGAUAUUCACAUGUGCAUCUCUGCUGAACUUGACCUUGAGAAAGAAGUGGAGUACAGGAGCAAAGGGGUCACCAAACAAAGGUCACCUCACAUCCAUGGUGCCAGAACUCAGCAUUUUAGCUUUAAAGCAAACUAUGCCGAUGACGAUGAUGACGGCUAUUCAGACUAUCUCAGCUGGAGUAAUGAGAAGACAUUAGCAGAUGAACAUCUGGAAACUCUUUUGAGUCAAGAGAAAGCCAACAGCUUGCCAACAGAAGAUCUAAGCAACCUGUACCAGGUUCAAUGUGCUCAGGGCAUUCCUGAGCAUGAGUCAAUUGAACAGAGGGCUGCCAGGAUCUUGGGCAUUGCUGUGCCAGCUGAAGCCUUGGUUGUCAAUCAGAAUGACGGCAAGCAGAAUGAAGGAAAAGCAAAAGGCACGAAUCAAGCAGGCUUUGCUAUGCAAACCAGGGAGAUAAGCCCAAAUGAGGAUACACAGCAUGUGAGUAGAGAGUAUGAGGAAGUGGUAGAGACAUCAGUACACAGCUGUGAACUGAAGAUGGAAAAGAAAGAUCUAGGCAUUAGGCAAGAUAAUGCCUCUAGAGAAGAGCUCAGCACAGAGAGCCAAACAUUUUCCGCAGUGUUGGAGCUGCCUGAGUUUCCCCCCAGCAACUUGCGUUUGUCGCUACCAGUGACUGAGGAUGAGGAAUUAGCUUUAAGUGUUUGUGGAGGUGAGAAAAGGACUUGGCCUGCUGAAGAGGUUUCUGAAGGCCAAGAGGACAAGUCAAGUGCAUCUUAUAUGUUCAGAAAUGAAGAACUGUCUGCAGAGCACAUUAAUCCUGUUGAGGAGGGAGAGCCAAUAUCAUGCAUCAGCACUUUCACCAAAGAGAUGGAGAAAGAGGAGGAAGCAGAGGAAAUGGGGGAGGAAAAAUCUGUUCAAGAGGAGGAAGUACUAGAGGGAGAAAAAGAGCAAACUCUGGAGAGUGAAAUGGAAGCAGGUGAGUGCGAAGCUGCUUUUGAAAAAAAGAAGGAUGAAGAUGAUGACAGAAAAAGCGAAGAACCAGAAGACGAAAUGUUUCAGGAAAGUUCACAGCAGCAACCAAAGUUCAUGUUGCGUCCAGUCCCUCAGCCUCGCAGUGGCACAGUGACCAAGAGAGAGAUUACCUUGCCAGCUACAUUCAACAUGUCUGAUGACUUGGCUGCACUAGAUGAUGAUGAUGUUCAGUGUGUCUCAGACGCCUAUGAUCCUAGCCGAGUUGAGAGGGUGUGAACUUGGAGGAUUGUCAUGGCAACUCAAACUGUCAUGCCAUAUCACUGUAUCUGCCAUAUCCUGGCUGGAAUAUCUGCUACAGUCAACGACUCCACCUCUUGGUAUUCUUUUCUUCAUCUCUGUAUAGGUUAGGACUUUUUGCUUUGUACAAACAGCACCCUCUCCUCAUCUGUUACAUAUUUUUAUAAUUAUUAUUUUUUACUUUUACUUUCUUCAAGAGAAGAUGAGUGAUGCUGUUCACUCUUGACACAGCUGUUGAGAUGAACAUAUGUCUAAUUAAAGAAAGACUGGAUGCAAAAUAACUCAGUUUUAGUCAUAAAAGUUGUAAAUAAUUUUCUCUGCACCAGCAAAUGUUGACAUUUUGUCAGAUAUUCACCAAACAGUUUCACAGUGCCAUUGAAAUAAAAUAAAAAAACAUGCCAGUUUACACGUGUCAUCUCCUACAGUAUUGCCAAAACCAAAAACGUUCACAUAGCAAUCAUUAUGAGCCUUGUGCUCAGUGUGUUAACUUUGAGGCCGGACCAGAUAGAUUACACUGUGCUAUAACUUAAAAUCAAAGUAUUUUUUUGUGUGAAGUCAUGAAUGGAUAGAAGAAAAAUAUAUAUAGAGAUAUAUAGAAAUACAAGUCGGGAUAAAUGUUAUUAUGUGUGUAUUGAAAUCCACAACCACAUAGCAGAGUAGCAAAUAUACUUUAUUAAACGAGUUUGCUGUUGUAAAUAGUACACGUCUAGUCUCAAGUGCAAGUGAACAUUUACAUUCGCACCCAUUUCACUCUUUCUCAUUUAAUACAGCUACAGCAUUGUGAUUCCUAAGGUCCAAUACAACCAAAUAUAUUGUAAACAAACAUUCAUUUUAUGUAUUGAACCUUACAUUAUUAAACACUUUUACACAUUGUUCACGUACCUAGUGUUACAUUUACAUGGACCUACAGUCCCAGCAUUAUACUGUAAUUCUGGAACUUGAUCUGUCAUUUUUUCAUAGCCGAUGAUGUAAAACCUUACUUUAAAACGUUGCUCUGACUUUCAGUAUCUUAUAUGCAAUCCAAGGCUUAUGAUUAGCAGUAGCCAGCAGAAAACACAUCACAUCACCCAUGCAAAUAGAAAGUGUAUUUAUUUUUAUCAAGCAAAUCUCAGACUGUAUAAAUGGAAAUGUUGUAUUCUAAGUACUUGAUAACUAACUGUGUCAUUUUAUUUGCUUGAUUACAAUCAUUUUGCAUAUGUGUGAGUAUGUGUAAUUUCCUGCAGAGCCUGUGAGGUGUUCAGGUGGUGUUGGCGUGCCUUUUGACACAAAAUUGACAAGAUAUCUUAUAUGUUGUGUUGUCUUCCCUCAAGUUGUCAUGCUGUCAAGUUAAUAAUGCUGUCUUGUAUGCUCAGUGUAGGGCAUACAUGACAUUCUGCCAAACAAUAUCAGCCUUUCAUUCGUAUUAUAGCACUGUCAGUAUGUGUGGCUGCUUUGUAAGUGCUGUGCAAUGUGGGCAGAGUGUAUGUACACAUGAAUAACAGCUACAUGAGAACACCAACUUGAUGAAAUACUGUUCAGCUUUGUUUGUCAUAAGGGUUAAGGUGACUGAAGGUGGUUUAGGUCACCACAGUGCAUAAAUGGUUAAUAUACUCCAGAAGCUUAUGGACGUUUGGGGAAAAACAUCCAAAUAACUCAUACAUCCAUCUAUUCCCCCUGUCCCUCAAAUGUUAGUAGCUGUUGAAUAGCCGUUAACAUCAGUGUAUAGUUGUCUCUAAGCCUUUGUAAGAGUUUGUGCAACAUGAAGAACUAUAGUGUUGCAAAAUGUAUGUUUCAUGUAAUAUUCUUUUCUAUUUUCAUACAGAAACUGUGUGUCUGUUUUUGUACAAAUGGGUAUUAAUGUGUGUUCCCUCUCCGCAUGAGUUAAGCAGUGUAUCAUGGGUAAAACUGGGGACUAAGGUUUUGCAUAUUACUGCAUUUGGUACUAUAUACUAAACAAAACAUUAUAUUUCAUAAUGCAUAUUUGUAUCUUCCAAAAGAAAGCUUUGACAGAUAUUUAAAUUCAGAACAUUAUUUUUAGAAUAUUUUGAAGAAGGGAAGUGUUUAUUAUAGGCACGUAUUUGAAGCAAUCAGUUUUAAACACAAUGUUGGCAAAGUGCUUCCUUUGUACAUUGCAACAAAUUAUUCAUUAAUAAACUCUUUGCAUGGA